AGGUCUCCCCGAUGGGGGAAGACGCCUUGGCCCUCUUUGGCUUGGUUUUCCACACCCAGGGUCACAGAGCAAGGUGCUCCAGCUUCUGAAGGGGAGAGAAUAUUCUGCAGGACCUCUGCGAUCCCCUACACGUAGGUUGUAGUAUAUUCGAUUCGCAACAUCUUUGUUAGCCUUGCAAGGAAGGUCAGCCUUGCCAAGUCUGUUACCGUCCCCUGGAUUUCUGCAGAUAGUUCCGUGAACCAGAACGUUCCACGUGAAAAAUGGCCGGGAAUUCGAUCUUGCUGGCUGCUCUCUCUGUCCUCUCUGCUUGUCAGCAAAGUUAUUUUGCUUUGCAGGUAGGAAAGGCAAGAUCAAAAUACAAAGUUAUACCCCCGGCAGUCUCUGGGUCACCGGAAUUUGAGAGAAUAUUUCGUGCACAACAAAACUGUGUGGAGUUUUACCCAGUAUUCAUGAUUACAUUGUGGAUGGCUGGGUUGUAUUUCAACCAAGUUUUUGCGACUUGUUUGGGUCUGGUGUACGUAUAUGCUCGUUACCAGUAUUUCUGGGGAUAUUCAGAAGAUGCUAAAAAAAGGAUCACUGGUUUCCGGUUGAGUCUGGGGGUUUUGGCCUUGUUGACCAUCCUAGGCGCUGUGGGGAUUGCCAACAGCUUUCUGGAUGAAUACCUGGACUUCAACGUUGCCAAGAAACUGAGGCAUUUGUAACAUCUCCCUCUCCCUUUACUCAAAUGCUUGCAGAUGUUCCAUUCUGAAGGUUAGAUGGUGUAACUUGUUCAAUGAAAAGGAAUAAAAGGCUCCUUUUUGGGUUUUUUUUUUUUUUGAAAUGGCUUUGUACAAGCAUACAUUUCCUGUUCAUUUAAGAACUGAAGUUUGCUCUGAGGGGAUGUAUCCAUAUCACAGCGGAAGUGUGCUGAGCCCUGGUUUUGGAAGUGGAUGCUGAAGUCAUGCCUGCUCACAGGGGAGAAAGUGGCCUGAACUGUCCACGUGCAGGGCUGUCCGUGGAUCGCCGCCAUCACUUGUUUCCAAGUCUGCUUCUCUCUUGUUCCAGACAGAUGCUGAUAAGGCACCUGAACUCACUUCAUUGGUUGCAGGAGAACAACAGAUGGCUGCCUGUGGGGCAAGUCAUGCGGUCACAUGGAGUAGCCAGAGAAGAGUCAUCAACUAAUAGCACAAAAAAAAGCUGUGAAAAUGCACUUUGUAAAGAGAAGGGGGAAAAGGCGUGUCAUUUUCAAGGAACCAUCCACAGAGGAGUGCUCAGGGACUCUGGCCCCUGGGCAGGGGAAGGUGGGUGAUGGUCUUAGCCGGAGCCUAGGCUGGGUUCCCGUGCCACAUGGCACUAGGGGCCUGCAGCUGUUGGACCCUGAUGUGCAGUCACUGGCUGGCACAAUGCAAAUGGCCUUCCUUCACCUGUAAAAUGGGAAUGAGUGAGUCCACCUCAGAGGCUUCAGGGACCUUAGGAAAAUGGAAUUAAUGAGUGUAUAUAAGGAGUUGUCUGUAAUUUUUCUGAAGUUCGACAGACUCUAAUGUGGUGUGGGCAUCUUCAGGAAGCUUUUUAUUGGGACUUCUGUGUGUGUGUGUGUGUGGGUACAAAGACAGGUUACAGAGGCUAUGGAUA